UAUUUCUUAAUAUUUUGUUUGAGUCUGUCGUAUCGUAGCCGCUCAUUUUCAGCUCCCUACGAGAUGGACUCCUCACCUGAAAUGGAGGGAUUUGGAGUUUCUGAAGCUGACUAUGAAUAUAUGUUCGAUCCUCUCAAACGUCGAGCUUACACAUCAAAGAAGCAACAGAUCUAUGGUGUUUUUGCCUCAGAUUCUGACUCUGAAUUGGAAGAAAGCGGAAUGAGCACAAAGGCCUCCAUCCGCAAGCGUAAGGGUUCAAACUAUUCUGGACCCAUCACUUUUGUCAGUGGUGGAAUUAAGGAGGGUACAAAAGAAUCUUCUCUUAUUGACAAUGAGGAAGAUGUAGAUGUUGACAUAUCAGAUGAAGAAGAGGACCGGCGUCUCUUUUCGAAAAGCACCCAUUCAAAGGAAGAUUCACCUAAGCACCAGGUUUCUGUCAAGGCAGCACAUGGUCGAACACGGCGACUAGCACCGACGUCAACUAAUCGAGGUUUCGGAUCUUGGGAACGACAUACUAAGGGUAUUGGGAUGAAGUUACUGCAAAAGAUGGGCUUCAAAGCUGGAGAAGGACUUGGCAAAGAUGGUCAAGGCAUUGUCACCCCAGUUGAGGCAGUUAAACGUGUUGGGAAAGGUGCUGUCGGUUCAAUGGGUACUGAAGUUGCCCCCACACCCCGCAAAGGCAACGAGCCCGCUCCACCUGAAGAUAGACAUGACGACAAAUCAGGUCUUCCUCGUUACAAGAAAAAGUCCACUGUAAAUGGUGGUCCUAUUUCGGGAAAGCAAACUCAUAAAACCAUUUACAUGACGGCCGAUGAACUUAUUGCUAGUGUCAGUCCAGCUACACCGGCAGCAGCGAUCAAGGCUCAUGGACCUUUUAUUCAAAACAGUGAAUUGAGCAAAGUAAAAGUGAUUGACAUGACUCAACGUGAGCAACGUGUGUACGAGGGCUACGAAGCAGCACUUGGUAGUUCAAUGCGGCAUAGUCGUCGUGCUGAUGACGAAGAUUCAGAGAGUAUGGGCGCUUCCGGUCCAGACGCCGAGGCCCGUAAACGCGAGCGGCUCAUCGAAGGUCGCUUUUUCGAGGUUCCCAUUCUUUGUCACAACAUUGAUCUGGUUGUCAAGUCUACAGAGGAUGAAAUUAGGCGUUUGGAUCGCGGUGCACGCUACGAAGAGGACAGGGCGGCGGGGUUGGAGCAUGAAAUAGAGCGACUCAGUGAGGUAGUUGAGAAGGCCGCAUUUGACGUAGACGAAUUGACAGCCGCCCUUGACCUCAUUACUCAAUUUGAGUCUGCGCUUAAAAAAGGCAGCAUUGGAUCGAAUCCUGAGUCGUGUUCUUCAUGGCUUACGAGAAUUCGCCGCGAGUGCGCAGAUCUACAAGAGCUACCUGCUCUCCUAGCUGCAAUCGCUCGACCUCUUUUGGAUAGUCUACUUACAAAUUGGAAACCGCUCUCCAAUCCUACUUAUGGUCUGGCUGUGUUAAAAGAAUGGAGGUCUGUUCUUGAUGAUGACGGUGCUUUUGAGAUUUUGCUGCGCACUAGUUGGCUGCCGCAGAUACGACGUUGUGUCACUUCAGAAUGGGACCCUCAUGACUGUGAGCGUCUCCUAACCGUCUUUGAGUCCUGGCAAUCUCUCCUCCCCGAUGAUCUACUUCAGCACGAUCUUCUCGAUGGACUUGUCCUACAUCGUCUUCGAUCGGCGGUGGAGGCGUGGAAUCCUCUGACAGACACUGUUCCCAUCCACACAUGGUUGCACCCAUGGUUGCCAUGGUUCGGCGGAGCCUCUCGCCUCGCUAGUGUACACGAGGUGGUUUUGCAUAAGUUGGCUCUCUGUCUCAACAACUGGCACCCCUCUGACUCCUCUGCGAGUUCCGUCCUUCUACCUUGGCGCAACGUCAUACCCAUGGCUGAAAUGGCCAUCUUCCUCAAUCGAAACAUCGUGCCAAAACUAGCUCAUGUGAUGCAAACAUUCCAGAUAAACCCCGCAGACCAGAAGAUGGAACCAUGGAACUGGGUAAUGCGUUGGCUCGAAAUCAUCGAUCCGGCAGUGAUCGCAGACCUACUGGAACGGUUCUUCUUACCCCGCUGGUUGCAUUGCCUCUCUGAGUGGCUUACGCAGGCAGUAGAUUCUCGUAACCGCAACGCUCCCGCUGUGGGACAAAUUUUCAGCGAGAUUGGUGCAUGGUACUCUGGCUGGAAGAGUCAAAUUCCAUCCGAACUAACCGACUAUCCCAGUUUGAAAGAUGCCUUAACCCAGGCAUUAAACCUCAUGGAUCGCGCAAUGCGUGGAAUACCCCCGGAAGCACCACCCUAUAAUAGGGCACCUCCCAUAUCUGGGGCUUCGGGCCGAUUCGGCGGAAUGCCACGGCGUCUACCGUUUGGGCAGCCGUUGCUCCCAAUGGCACUUCCGACCAGUCUGCGCGAGCAAGUGGAGCAGACGGCUGCUCAAAGAGGCUUCCUUUUCCUACCAAUAGCUAACCGCUUUCACGAAGGGAAGCAGGUGUAUCGCCUGGAGACACAGCAGGUCUUCUUUGACCGCAACGUCGCCUUCUGUUUCAACUCCUACGACUCCGGGUGGCACCCGGUCUCAUUCAGUGAACUCAUGGCGAUGGCUGAGUAA